AUUUUUUUUUUUUCCCCAAUAGUACAUAUAUAUAAUCAGUGUGUGAAUUUUCACUAGAAGUAUCUAUAAUGUUUUGCAAAAAUAUUGAGUAAAGUAUAUAUCAGUUUUCUUAUAUCGCUUUUAAAUUGAUUAUAACAAUCCUUAAAAUCCCAUGUUGUUAUUUUAUAUGGAUCAGUAUGACACGUAAGUGUGUGCUAUGUAAAGAAACAAAUUAUAAAAAUACUUAUAGUUUCUUCUCAGCUCCAAAGGAUCCAGAAACACGUAGAAAAUGGCAAGCUGCAAUUGCUAUAGAAAAUUAUUCUGUAAGCGAUGAUACAUAUGUUUGUAGUAAACAUUUUCAUAAAAGUGAUAUUAUCACACAUUGGGUUAGCGGAGUACCACCACAUGUUAUUACUAUAAAGUAUAAAAAAUGUAGAUUAAGACCAGGUGCAGUACCAGGUAGAAAUAUUCAUCUUCAGUCAAAAAAUAACGAAGCCAAUGAAAAAAAUCAUUCCGAUUUGUAUGGUUUAAAUGAUUUUUUAACAUUUCGUAAUAAUUUGGUGCAAAAUAUUGAUAAUAAAAAAGAGAAUUUCCGUAUACCUAAAAAGGACCAAAUUUCAAAUGCAGAAAAAGAAUGUCUUGAAUUUAUAAAUGAAUAUACACAUGAAAAUACUAAUCGAUCAACAAAGAUGCAAUCUUCAAAGGAUGAAUCAAAUAUAAACAUGUCUGUUGAUGAUUCUAGAACACAAUUAAGACUGCCUUCUAAUAGAAAUAAUAAACAUGAAAAAAUAAUGCUUACAAGUAAUUACAAUAAUUUUGAAGUAAGUAUUGAAGCAGAUAAUAAUAUAGAAAAAACAAGGCAAAAAGAAAACAAUAAUUAUAAUCAACUCUCUGGAACAAAACUUGAAAGAAGUAAAAAUAAUUCUUCAAAUAUAUUCAGUUAUUCUGAAGAGGAUGAGACAUCGGCAGAUAUGUGGGAACAUGCAGAAGUUAAAAGCAAAACUUAUAUUAUGGAAAAAUGUAUAGAUAAUACUUUACAGAAAAAUAGAAAUUUAUAUAUGAAAAAUCAAACAUUAAAUAUUGUAAAUGAUCGUUUGAAUAGAUAUAAUGACUGUGUAUAUGAUGAAAUACGAGAACAUGAAAUCUUGUUUGAAGAUUUAUUGGAAAUGUGUUUCGAAAUUGCUUUACCAAGAGGUUGGUCGUGUAAUGUAACUUCUGAAGGACAUGCUACAACAAUAGUAUAUCUGAGCAUGGGAAUGACAAAAACUGGUAUGCCUUUUUUGGAAAAACAAGUAUUUGUAAAAACUGAUAUGAUAUUACGGUGUAGUGCUUUAAAUCAAGAAAUUGAUCCGAUAAUGUAUAAUCUUAUAAGGGAAGGUAAAGAUAAUAAAGUGCAAUGCUUGUUAGAUAUUGAGGAACUAAUAGAUGAAUUUGACAUAAGAAUUAUUUGCGAAGGCAUAACUGAAAAUUUUCAAGAAUAUAAUUGUCCUAAAAUAGCCUGUAAAGAUGGUAUACGAUGGAGACAUAUACUAUGCCCGCUCAUUAUAAAUAACGAUUCUAUGAGAUGUUCCAAAUGCAGCAUGUUAUCUCAUUUGAUAAGACGCAGAUCUAAAGAGUCUGUAUCGUAUAAUUCCAAUUUUACUUUAAGAGAACAAAGAAAAAUGUAUACACGCCAAAGAAACAUCAGACAUGCAAAAGAGCAUUACACGAAAUAAAAAUGUUAAUAUUUAAAAAAGGUCUUGUACCUGGUUACAUGAAGAUAAAAUAAUUAUUUAAUAAUUGUGUCAAUUGAAGUACUCCACUUUGGAUAAGUGAAUCUAAUUCUUGCUGGACAUCUCGUACUAUAGUAGCAUCGGGGAAUAAAUCCAUAAACCGAUAACUGCAUUAAAAAAUAUGAGUUAAAUUUGUUUUAAGUAAAUAUCUAUAAAUCUCUAUAUAUAUUAUAAAUACCUUAACCAAAGAUAUAAAUCCAUAACAUCAAACACAGCUUCCAGAUGAACAAGAUCAAGUAUAGAUUUAGGUGUUGAAAAUGGCCAACCAAUAUGUUUGCAUAACCAAUUAAAGGAACAUAGCACAUGAAAAUGGAAGUUUUUUAUUAAUUGGUGCACAACAGAAUACGUAUCGCGCACGUAAUGGCAAAGGAACAUGUUGUAUCAUAUCGGCAAGAAACUUAAAAUCUUCUGUAUUACAUAUAAAGUAUAAAGAAUCAUCAACUAUAGAUAGAGUUACAAAAAUAUCCUGAAAUAAUAAACAUAUUAUUUCUUGUAUAUCAGCAAUUAAUGUAUAUGUAAUUUAUAUUAUUACCACAAGAUUUGACAAUGGUGUGUUUGGUAAAUGAUAAGCAUAUAAUUCGAUUUGAUCUGAUGUUGGAUGAAGACCAGCUUGAAUGAUUGUCUCAGGUUGCUGACUGAGUAAAUUUUUCAGUGUUGGAAGAUCCUGUGAUUUAUAAGUUGUGACAUAGCCCUAAAUAAAAAAUUCGCAAAUGAAAUGUUCCAAAUAUGAAAUGAAAAUUACCUUUUAGGA